GAAAAGGGUUACGCCUGAACAUACUAAACAGAGACAUCGUAAAUGGAUGCAUGCACACCCCAGAAUUACUCUAGGCCAAGAGUAUGAUCGGUGGGACAGAUUCAAGCAGGAACACGGCUGUGAUAACAACGCAGAUGUUGUGAGGAAACUCCUUGACAUUUGGUAUGUUUAGCUUUAAAGGGACGAUAGUGGUAAAAAUCACUGCUAAAAAAAUAUCAUAAAGAGUGUCAUUUUCAGAAAAUACGUCAACAAAACUUACACUUGAACGUAGUUCCACAAACUAAAAGUAUCUGCGAACACUGCUAAAAAAACAACUGUCGUCUAACAAUUCUGCAUCCCGUUGUUAUUGCAUAAAAUUAUCUUUCGUACACACGGUACGGCUCUGUCUAACUCUGCGCAUCCGUGACCCCGUGUGACCUGAACGAGAGACAAAACAUGGCGGAUGCCUGGCCUAGUUUACUAAAGCGACCAGGGCCGAAGUCAUUCUUAACAGAGAGCGAAAAGAAACGCAGAAAGAAGAUUGCAGAUGUUAAGAUUGGACAUACAAGAAUCUACCUCAGAAACGAAGCGGAAAGAUGGAGAAAGAUGAAAGAAGGAGCUGAACUGAAAACAGAUUCAGAUUUCGCCAAUCUGUUGCUGGACAGUUAUGAAAAACGGUCCCAAGCCCAAGGUCCAUUUUCUAUCGGCAAGAAUAGAAGGAAGAAUAUACCAGCAGAACUGGAUGACUACACAUUCUACUGCAAGUCCUGUGGAUCUGAUGACAUAGAAAUAGUAGUGAAGGAUGAUGUACCCCCGCCACAGACGUCGGCAUCAUCAACCAAUGCUGUCAGAGUAAAAAAGGAAUUUGACGAUAAUACUGAACGUAUCGGCGAACCAUUGAGUGACAACAAGGCAGCUGAAAAUACAGUUCAUACGACACCUCGGCCUAUAAGUCUAGUGUGUAAUGCAUCUAUUACCAGGGGUAGAGGUAUGAUAAACUGUGAAAAUGAUGUUACUAUUCCGUACAAAAAGCGGAGAAAGAGAACGUUUCAAAGGACAGUUGAUGAAACUGAUGAAACAGCUGUUGCAGCAAAACCACCAACAGAGACUGAUAAAUCGGAAAAGAAACGGAAACCAAAGCUAUCAGCUGCUAGUGCUUCAAUGGAGAACAGUGAUGAAAAGAUCGAUAAGAGCAAAAGUGUCGAUGAAAAAUUAGAGGAAAACAAAGAGAGCGAUGAGGAAGAUAGUGGUCGCCGACGCAGUACGAGGCUAAAAGGAAAAGAUCGCAUUUCAUUCAUGAAGAUGAUUGAAUUGGACAUAAGUGAUGAAGAUUUAGACAAUAGUGAAGAUGAUCUUGAUGAUGAGGAUGACGAAGAUAUCGAUGACAUUGAUGAAGAUGACGAACUUGAAUUAGAAAGUGAAAAUGGUGAGACUGCAAAGAAGAAACAAAGACUAAUUGUGUGUAAAGAGGAAAUUGAUCCAGAUUUUGACCCUGAAACAGAUGAGGAGGUUGUUAAAGAAGAAUUGAAUGAAGAACCCAGUGUAGAGGAAAGUGUUGACGACAAUGUUAAACCAAAAGGGAAGAGGGGUCGCAAAAAGAAAGGGCUCGGAGAUGAGAAAAAUAAAGAAAGCUUCUGGAAAGUCAAAGGGAUGUCUAAACUCACUUUACUGGAGAAAGAGGCUAAAAAGAAAGAAAUUGAGAGAAAGAAGGAACGGAAGAGCCAACUGAAGGAGCUGCGAACCAUUCACAGAAGUGCUGUCCAAAAAUGCCAGGAUGUGAACGUAAAGUUAGAGGACCAUGAGGACAAGUACGAACUGACAAUGUUCACCUCAAAAAGUCAAAAGGAUAGAAAUCUAGAUUUUGAACACAAAUCCUACUACAGGUAUACGUGUAAGCUGUGCGAUGGCCAGUUCAACGCGACAGACAAAGCCUCGAUGGAGAACCACAUCAAGCUUCAUCUACAAGGUCAGUUGACCUGCGUCGAUUGUGGUGUGACCUUCAGCAAGCCUCUUGUGUUGUUUCACCAUAGAAUUGAAAACCACAUAGAGAAAUUCUACACCUGUGAGUUCUGUGCCGAACAAUUCUACACACAAAGGAGUCUUAAAGUACACCUGGCCAAAAAGCAUGACCAGAAACCGUUCAAGUGUCCGAAAUGUCUGGAGUACUUCAGCUGCCGUGCUGACAAGAAGAAACAUGUGACCGUAGCACAUCCAGAACUUGCUGCUCAGUGUGAAAAGUGUGGCGAGUUUUUCUUUGGUCAGGAGAGACUACAGUGUCACGUGAGGGGUAUGAAGUGUAAAGCUAGGUCGGACACCGAGGGCAACAAGAUCCCGUGUGAGGUGUGUGGAAAGACAGUUCUUCGAUCAGGGAUGAAGAAACACAUGGACACAAUACAUCUGAAAAUCCACAGCCACAAGUGUGAAGUCUGUUCCUUCACCACUAACUCGACUCAGUCCAUCAAACACCACAGGAUGAGGCACACGGGUAUCCACCCAAUCAAAUGUCAGCUCUGCGACUUUUCCUGUGUCCAGGACUACCAGCUGAAGAGUCACAUGCGGACGCAUACAGGGGAGAAGCCAUACAAGUGUGACCAGUGUAAUUACGCCUCGGCCUGGAACGUCCAGCUCAAGGAGCAUCGGAAGGCGCACGAUAGUGAUACACAGAGUACUUGUGACAUAUGCAACAUUACAUUUAAACAUGACCGCGGCAUCACCCUUCACAUGAAGAAGUUCCACUCUAACCAAGGGCCGGUAGAAAGGCAGGAAAAGUCCGGUGCUUACUCAGAGAUUCCCAACAGUCAAAUAGUGCAUCCUAUUCAGAAAGUUGAUCACAGACUCGGUCAGAAGAUUAUUGUGAUUCGAUCGCCACAAGUUGAUGGUGUCGUCGCAGGUCCAAACUCGGUCUCUAACAAAGAGCACGAUAAUGGAUAUAAACAGUUAGGCCCCAAACGGAAACAUUCUACUCAGUAUGUGGCUAUGAAACAGACCGAGUACAAAACUGAUUUGGCCGGGGUGUCCGAACAACCCAGAUACCACUCGCCUGUACAAACAGACUACCAUUCCCCUGAACAGGUCGAGUUUAAAUCCGCUGAAAAAGCGGAAUACCAUUCGCCUGAGCAUGUGGAGUACCACUUGCCCAAACAGACUCAGUUAGAUUCUAAAGAGAUGGGGUAUGGUAUAAGUCAUACAGAAUAUGUGUCUACGAGUGAUCAGCCGUACUCGGAAGUCCACGUUGAUUACUCCCCUGCACGUAGCGAGUACGGUUCCACACAGACCGAGUACAUUGUACAUAUAUCUUGUCAGCCCGACUACAUGCCGGCCGAGCAGGUGGUCAGUACUACAAACGAUGCAUGAAGUCUUUAAUACACAUAAUAUAUUAUUCAGCCCAAUUAGAUACAUAUUUGGCCUAAUUAGUAUUCAUAGGACUCGAAAUACUUUUAUAGGGUUUGAAGGAUAUGUUGCAGAUGAUGUUUUUGUUCAUUUUUAAAAUUGUCUCCCUUACAUUUUCUAUCUAGAUCUUGGCUAAUAUUGUUUUGUUGUACGUGUAAUGGGAUUUGGUUUUAUUACUGAACUUAAAAGAAGGGGGAGGGGCCCUUCUGCGACCUUGGUUACAUAAGUAGGUUGAAUACAUUACUUCAUGUUUGUUAAUGUCAAGUGUAUCCAACAGUUGCAUACCACUUCGUAGGUUGGAUAUCACUAAAUGGUUGAAAACAUUUUGAGUGCUUCAGACAAUAUUAAUGAGCUUUUCUAUUUUUGAUUGAGGUGAUGUACAAGAUUCAAACUUGUAAAAGCUUUAAGAUACAAUAUGUAUUAUCUUCUUUGCUGAUCGGUAUCUGUAUUUUUGUUCAGUAGAUAUGCCAAGAAUUCAAGUACAACUGUGAUCUAUAUUUAAAUUAGAAUUGAAUGUGAAAAAUACAUGUAUAUACAAUUUUGAAUAGCAUACAUGUAGCUGAUCUAUACAAUUUUAAUACAGAACACAUGUAUUACAGUUUUAAUUCAAAAUACAUGUACAUUUAUACAUUUUUAAUACGAAAGACAUGUUUAUAUUAUGAACAAAAAAGUAGAUUUGAUGCUAGUACAUGUACAAUUUUACCAUGAAUAAGAUUGAAUAUGUCUUUUAUGAGAAUAAAGAGAAUGUUUCAACAUA